CGGCGGAGGACGGUUAUACUGACCAGCUAGUGUACUUUUUUGUUUUGUAUUCAUUUUAUCGGUUUUAUAGUUUCAUCCCUCUAAUAUCGACCCCAAUCUAAAUCCAAAAAACUUUUUUCCAUUAGAUUUUAAUUCUUCUUUUAUUUUUCCAUUAUUUUUUUUUGUUUUGUUGUUGUUUUGCUUUUAUUUUCAAUCUAAAUUGACUAUGGCCAAUUAUCACAUUCACCAGAUGCAAAACAAAAUCCAAAAACAACAACAACAAUCCCCUAUCAAGAUUAUAUGAUGCACAAUCAACCCCCUUCCAUCCCCAUCAUGACCUACUCAACGAACAAUCACUUAGUCACAAACACAACCAGUCACCGUUAAUUUAAUGGCAAAUUUUCGGAAUCAAACGAAUCUCGGAAUCUAGGUCUUGAAUGUAGCUAACCUAUAGCAUCCCUCAAAUGAUGACGCGAAUUUGUAUAGUUCCCAGAUACACAUGGUCCACAAUUUCACUGCAGAACUUUUGACAUAAGUCUCGAGUUUGCGCGUAAGCUCUCCCAAAACGGAUAUAUCGAUUUUUCUUCCAUCACAUAUAACCGUAACCGGGCUUAAGCUGUCACUUUGACAGUUCUCCAAUUGUAUCGCCACACACAACCCCAACCACCCCUAUACGAUAGAUGUCAGUUAUUUAGUGUUAAGGUGUGGAAGUUUUCUCGUUAUAUUUUUUUAGUGUGUUAUUUUUUUUUGGGAAUAAUUUAUCAUUUCUUUUCUGCUAAGCAAAUAAUAUCGAGACAAUUCGAAGAAAGAAAGUAAAACCCCAACAAAUUACGGUUUUGCUGCCAAUGUCAAUGUUUGUUGCCGGUAAAUGUGUCAAAAAAGAAAAAAAAAAAGUGUUGGAAUGAAUUUAUUACUAUCCAUAGAAAUGCUGCAUGUCAAAAUAUUGUGUUGUUUGGUUGAAUAAGGAAAUAGAAAAAAAAAUAAAUUAUGGUUGCUAACGAAGUAGCUGGAUUGGCAAGGGUGUGAAUUAUAUAGAGGGUGGAAUGAUAAUUUCUUUAGGAACCAAUGAAUUUCUUCAUUUGGAAAAUAGAUUUCCCCCAUCCCCAAGACUAGGAAUUAUAAUUUCUGUCAAUUGACACUUGAAAACAACAAAACACAAAAAAAAAAAAAAUAAUGUUCUCCCGAGGGCGUGCGCUCAUGAUGGUGUCGCGUAUUUGUGUUCGACUUGUGUACAAUUGUGUCAAAUAGAAAAAAAAAAAUUACACUGGGUGUGAGAAAUUUUUUUUUUCAUCGAAUUUUUUGUUUGUUUUUGAAAGACAACAAAAAUAAAAACAAUUUUUUUUAUCAAAGAAAAAAUUUAAUUGUAUUGAAUUGAAAGAAAUUAAAAAUUUAAUUCAAUAUACGACACCAUGGGAACGUCACAUAGUCAUCAUCAUAAUGCUUCAAAUGCUAGCGAUGGAAUUGGCGAUGAAUCAAAUGUGUCAAGUUCAGGUGGCGGUGGUGGUGGCAAUAAGAGAAGGAAUAGUCGGUCGAAAAUAUUUGCACGUUUUGGGCAUAGAAAAUCUAAGGACCAACUAUUGUCACCAUCUUCGAUUGAGGGUGGUGGUUCGUUUCUGGCUGAUGUCGAUGAAGCGGGUAGUGAAGUUAAUGAAAAUGUCAAAGAUCAUGGCAAGAAAUGGCACAAGAAACAAACCAAAAAAAAAGAAAAACUUACAACAAAACAAAAAUCCAUUUUAAAUCAACAAGAACCAGAAAUUGCAACAACAGAAAAGAAAAAUACUAUAACAACCAAAGAAGAUGCCAAAGAAGAGUCCAAAAUGUCAUCGACCCAAGACCAGACAGCGAGCAUCAUUGCUAGCCCUGGCCCCUGCUCUUCCGCAACCAACAUUGCAGCGAGGGGAAAUAAUGCCCCCUUGGGUAAUAGUGAAUCAGUUGUUGCGGUGCCACUGUUAGCUGGCCAACAACACUCACCAACAAAGGGAAUCACCAGCAGCAGUGGUUCAAUUCAGUUUCAGUCAUGUGCGUCGAGGUUAGCCAUAAGAGAAGUUGAAUCACCAUCGGUUCCCCCUGAAACAGGAACCACUACCAUGUCGACAAGAGUACGACAAAUGGCAGCACUUAGCCAAGUGGAACCUUCCAGUGGUAAUAUGGUCAUGGUAGCAUCAACAGAUGUUCGUUUUUCAAUAGGCUCACCAAGUGACAACGACGACGCCACUGUCUCCACUGGAACGAGUUGUUUUGGUGAUAAUGGCGGUGAUGGUGGUGGUGGAGGCAGUGAUUCUUCCAAUGUUGUUGGUAACCUAGCCGAAGCAGAUGAGGCGAUUCCGGGCUCAGGCAGUAAUAAUUUGGUUUUGGUUCUUGAUGGUGUUCCGUCAGCGUCGUCGUCGUUGUCAUCGUCUUCAUCUUCACGGUCGGAAGUAACACCAACCGAUGUCAAAUUGACAGUUAUAUCGAAAAAGAAUAAUUCCGGUGUCCGGCAACACCAAGUUGAGACAAUUAUUGUGCAAACUGAUUCGUGGAAAACAGCAAAUAACUUUACAGCAGUUCUUCACCAUCAUCAUUCGCAGCAGCAGCAACAGAACUUGUCCACGUCGUCAUCCAAUACAGCGGACAAUCAAUUGGGAAAUUGUGACAUUGUUGUCCUCAAGGAGACCUCAUCAAGCUCUGAUUCAUUAUUUACAGACCCCCUGACUCCGAUUGGCUUCCAGGCGGAAAUAAAUCAGUGCUAUUUCUCCGAGGAGAAUAUCUGUGAAAAAUCAUUGGACGAAAGAACGUUGAGAGAAUUGACAGCAGCAGCCCUAGCGGCUCGAAAUUAUCCACGACAGAAUAAUAAAUGCGAACGACCGCCACGAAGGCGAGCAGCUACAACUGCGACAUAUUAUCGCGACGUGGCAGCAAGGUUGGCCAGAUUGUCACAAACGGAAGUGACGCAUUUAAAUUUGACAGGUGGACGACCAAUUUCGAUUGACUUCGAAAGUGAUUGUGCGGAUGAGGAAAUGGCUCUGCAGUUGGGAAAUAAGUUAGCUCAAGUGUUGAGCAAUAGUGGUGGUAGUGGUUCGAGUAGCGGUGGUGCAGGGGGUGGUAGUGGCAGUGGUAUUAUGGGUGCUGAUGAUUCUGGAAAUGGUGGUGGUGGUGGUGGGAGGAGUUCAGCUGACUUGGGGAUAUUCAACAUAGCAAAGGCAAAAAAGAUUGAAUUGCAGAACUUAUCGUCAAGGAUUGCAGGUGGUGAUGUUGCUGUGUCAGCAGACAACUUAACACCGGCAACAAUAGUUAACAAACAAUCACCCUCGACAGAAACUCAAUCAACCGUUAUAAUUUCAUACAAAUCACCACCACCUACCCCGAUUUGUUCAUCUACGGCGAAUUCAUCGACAUUCCAGCAUCAGCAUCAAAAUAUCGAAACUCAGCGGGAUGGAGUAGUCUCAGCAUCAGCCUCCGCAUCAACAUUAACAACAGGAACAAGUAACGUUGCUUCAUCCAGCGGGGGAUGGGUUGAAACAUCCUCCCCGAUAAUUACCUCCACGACAACAACAGCGAGUGGCAGUAGUAGUAGUAGUACUUUCGGAAGCAGCAUCAGCAAUCCAAAUAACUGCGCCGGCAGCAAUGUCCUUAAGAAGGUAGCAUCUUUUACGGUUGAAAGAUCAUCGCAAAAUACUUGUUCGGCCGGCGGCAAUUUGGGAGCGCCAGGUGGAGUUGCCAUAGGUAUGGGGGCACCGGAUGGGGGCUUUCACAAACGGAUGUCUUAUGUCCCACAAAAGUUAAGCUUUGCUGCCUACGAAAAGUUUGAGGGGCAAAUGCUAAUGAAGUGGCUCAUCUCAUCAUUUCAAGCAAAUGGUCCCUCGCUUAAUGAACACGAACUGAAUAUUCUUACGCAGCAAUGUUGCAACAAUCUACUCAGAGUUGGAGUUCUGAAACAGAUAUCCAGUUCCAGUCCAAUCGUCAGUUCUGGUUCCACGUCUUCGUUGGCGGUGGUGGUGGUGCCUGGAGGCAGCAGCAGUGUUGCCACCACCACUACCACCAACGCUGCUGCCGCCGUCAAUGCCGCAACAACUUUGUCUGCCGCUGCCGCAUCUACUGGUUCUGCUGUCGACAAAAGUGAAUUGGAAACUUUCAGUCCAUUUCAUAUGUAUCAAUGGCGACAUACAGAAAUUUCAACAUCUUCUCUGCCAAUGACACCUGGCAAACUUGAUAAGGAAUCAGCUUGGCCGUAUUGUAGUACACCAACUACAAGUGUUAUGCGAAAUUCGAAGGGAUUACCAGUUGACAGCCCUGUUGAAGUAUUAGCUGCUGAGUUACGUAGAGCUAUUCUAAACUGUAAUAGUUUGAAUGAGGUUCAUGGAGUGGUUAAUGAGUUACUUGUUCAACAACAUCAAUCGGCGAAAACAAAAUCUAAACGAUGCAUUCCACUUAGUGAGCUGAUGAAUGCUACCGAAAUAACGGUCUAUGAAAAAGAUGCUAAAGACGUUUCAAAUAAUGAAAAGCGAAAGGAAGAAAUCGGAGUUCAGACGAGUCAGCUUGAAGACGCACAAUGUAAUCUCUGUCAGAAAUGUCGUAGUGAACGAAAGACAGCGAAAAUUGACCAGCUUGUACAAACGAGCUUCAAUGAAUCAGAGGUGUCGGUUCCUAAAGUUCCACCAGCGUACGUGCCUCCACCACCACCUCCGCCUCCACCUCCUCCACCAAUAUCUCAAAGUGCGGGCCCAGCUCCGCCACCUCCUCCUCCUCCCCCACCAAUGCCAGGUCUUGGAGCUGGACCUCCACCACCACCACCACCUCCAAUGCCAAUUCAGGGUGGUCCACCUCCUCCUCCACCCCCGCCUCUACCGAUAUUUGGGGCACCUCCACCACCACCACCUCCUCCAGGGGGUGGACCACCAGCUCCACCUCCUCCACCCCCACCAGGAGGUCAACCACCUCCCCCUCCACCCCCUGGCCUGCAUAUAAAUACCCAUGCAACACCACCACCUGCUCCACCAGGCGUUCCAAAAACUCCGGGUACUUCAACUCCAACACCAUUCCCAGCGCCACCUACUGGUGGAUGGUUUCAAACUAGCACUCUGCGUAAAAAUGCCGUCAAUCCUCCUAAAGCUAUGAAACCGCUAUAUUGGACACGAAUUGUAGCCCCCAAUCCGAUUGUAACUCAAGAUGUCCCAGAUGGCGCUCAAAACAAAAAUGGCUCCAAAGAGCUAUGGCAAGAAAUAGAAGAAACAAAUCUCGAUAACAUCGACGAAUUCACAGAACUCUUCUCACGACAAGCUGUUGUCCCGAAAGUCAAAUUGGAAAAAGCCAAAUCCAUUGUGAAAACGGUCAAAGUUCUUGACAGUAAACGUUCACAAAAUGUUGGCAUAUUUGCUCGAAGUUUACACUUUGACAUUUGUGAAAUCGAACAUGCAAUUUAUCAUGUUGACACUUCGGUUGUAAGCUUGGAAGUUCUUCAGCAAAUUAUGGAAAUUAAAGCUACAAGUCAGGAAUUAGAAAUGAUAAAAGAUGCUGCUCAAGGAGAAAUCCCUUUGGAUUCGCCAGAAAAAUUUCUAUUGAAAAUCGCACAAAUCUCAUUCUCAGCGGAGCGUAUUUCGUGUAUUGUCUUCCAGGCUGAGUUCGAAGAAGCAGCCACAUUGAUAUCGAGAAAAUUGGAAGUUGUUAAGCAACUGUCACAGCUUUUGAUGGAAUGUGAGGAUUUGAAGCUGGUCUUUUCGAUAAUUCUUACGUUAGGCAAUUAUAUGAAUGGUGGAAAUCGGACUAGAGGGCAGGCUGAUGGGUUUACGUUGGAGAUUUUGGGGAAAUUGAAAGAUGUCAAAUCGAAAGAUUCAAAGACGACUUUAUUGCAUUUUAUUGUGCAAACUUAUAUAAGUCGAAGGAGAAAAGAAGGUGUAGCAUUGCCAGAGUUGUUGUUGCCGAUACCAGAGCCGGCGGAUGUUGAAAGAGCUGUGCAGGUGGAUUUAGAUGAAGUUAAGCUGCAGAUUAUAAAGCUCAAUGAGAAAUUGGCAGCUUGCAAAAAGACAACACAAGAAGUCAUACUUAAAUCUAGCGAAGACAACCUCCAACCAUUUAAAGAAAAAAUUGAAGAUUUUAUCGAAGUUGCUGACAAGAAAGUCGACAAAUUACAAAAUCGCUUAGAUGAAUGUCGUGAAUUAUUUAUUGAAACUAUGCGUUUUUAUCAUUUCAUUCCAAAGUCAGGAACUUUAGAGAGUGCAACACCUGGUCAGUUUUUUGAUUAUUGGACAAAUUUCACAAAUGAUUUCAAAGACAUUUGGAAGAAGGAAAUUGCAUAUCUCUGGAAUGAAUUAUUGAAAAAAUCAAAAGAAAAACAAACUGCAGCAUCGGCAUCACGUGUUAAAACAAUAAAAUUAAGACCUGGUGGAUUAAAAGACCGAUUAAUGAAUCGACUCAAAAAGUAGACUGAAUAUAGAAAUAUUUUUUCUUAUUUUUUUGUUUGUUUUUGCUUUUUUUUCUCUAAUUAGUAUUUUUUUGUAGACUCAAAUACAUUAUAAUAAUAGACUUUAUUGUUAAACUCAGAACAAAUAAUAAUUAUUUAGCUAGUUACGUGUUAUUUAUAAAAUUAAUUGUUAAAAAAUAAAGGUUUGUAAAUAAGAAAAUAAUUAUCAUUUAAAUAAAUAUAAAAAAUAAAUUGCUUAAAUAGCUAUUA